AUGCAAAGCACCACCAACGCUAACAACAAUGAGCCUGUCGAGAGAGACAACUUUCCUGCUUCAACUGAAGAGGCCUCUGCAGCCCUGCCCGUUGCAAACGGUGCUCCGCAGGAUUCAGCUGCAGUGACGCACCAGGCAUCAUCACAUGGAUACAACCACUACCCAGUGUUAGCACCCCACGCACAGAACAACGGCACAGAAUCGCGUAUUCAUCCCGAGCUGCGGUCCCCCUCGGGCUACCUUCAAGCUGCAAAUAUGAUGACUUCUGUUGUUCCCGCACCACCCACUGGUGCGCCAUCGGGCACCGUACCAAAUGCACAGCAUCAGCCGCAUGCUACCGCAGGUGCACAACUACUACCAGGUCCUCCUCCGGAUAUGGGGGAUCACAUGGGUGACGCCAGGAAGUCCAAUAAACGCGAAUUGUCACAAUCCAAGCGCGCUGCCCAGAAUCGGGCUGCACAGAGAGCUUUCCGUCAGCGCAAAGAAGGUUAUAUCAAAAAGCUGGAGCAACAGGUGCAAGAGCACGAGGGCUUUGAAGCAACGCUCAGGUCACUGCAAGAACAAAACUACCUUUUAAGGGGCUAUGUUGUACAGCUGCAAACGCAUCUUAUGACGACACAAGGCGAUUGUCCUCCGCCUCCACCAGGGCUCACCUUGGAACAACAUUCACAAGAAGGCCCAGCAGCGGCCCACAAUACGGCUCCACCACCUCCGAGCUUGCCCGCAACCGCUCCGCCCGCGCCCAUGAUGUCUCCCAACCCCCAAGAGGCAGCCCCGCCCAGCGAACCGCUUCCGGGCGCCGGCACAGCUCUGGAACAAGUUGCACAGGCUGUUGCCAACCUGGGACGAACCGAAGAGAAUCCCCCAGAGUCGACUCCUGCAUACAUCAAACCUCCGCCCGCCGAUGAUGACGCGCGAACGGCCGAGGAACUUUCGCGCCAAUUACACGGAGAGACGGUGCCUACAGCCAGCAUGUAA